AUGGGUGAGAGUCGGGAUAAGGAGUCCGAACUAGCCAGACGGGCCGGCGAUUCCGCUAUCCGGCCUUCUACGAGCACUUACCGUUCUGAAUUAGGUCCUUUAGGGGCGCGCGAGCCCUCAGCUGCCCGACAACGUCACAACGCGUCCGAGCCAUCCACGACAAAUCAACAAUCGCAAUCGAAGAGCUUUGAGUUUGUCCUCGUUACAGAUACCGAAUCCCGUCGUCAAGUUCGUCGCCAUGCUAUGCGCCAGUAUAUGCACCAGCGGCGCCUGGACAGCAUUGCGAGGCUUGGUGCCCCCCGUGUUCCUGCACCUGGUUGGACUUCUCGGCCUGCUUCGGAUGGUUCGUCCCUGCAGGCACCCGGCGUCCAAGCGAAUAAUGCGUUGAACCAUACGCCCGCCCAACGGAAACAGAAAUCUCCUCCAACCGACGAGGAAGUGCCCCCGAAAAAUAAAGGAAAGUGUUCCUCAAACCGGGCAUCAGCAGAGCCCCAGCAGGUGAAACGCGAAGGAUUCAGUCUCGCGCUUGUCCGCAAGCCGCAAUACUCGAAUCCCACAGCGACGCCUGAAAAGGGUGCCAUGCGAGACCCAUUCGGUACCUAUCCGAUGGCGAUAACGGACGUAGAUUAUGAAUUGAUUCAACACUGUGAGCUAACAACAGUCCUUUUUUUGACGAAACUCACCAGUUUUAGUCGUCGUGACUUAUCCGUCUAUGAUGUAUAA